GGAUUGCUCCAGGCUCUUCCUCCAUAGCCACAUUAUUUCUCUCGAGCCUCAUCUGCCAAAUCUCCCCUCCCACCUUCUGCCCUGCACCCUUCUUUCAAAUGGUCACCUGAGAGAGCAUUUAGGGCCUCUACUGAUAACCCUGAAUAAAUGCCUGUGUCAGGCAUUAGUCACACCUGACAAAUCCCAUAGAAGGUGACUGGAGACUGUUAUGGUGAGUUUGCUGAAGAAGACUACUGGCCUGGUGGGAUUGGCUGUGUGUGACUCUCCACAUGAGAGGCUAACAAUAUUGUAUGCACAGGUUCUUCAUCUUCUGAAGCACUUCCCUAAACACGCAGUCUAUAGAAAACACAUGGAACAGAUCACCAAUGAGAAACUGGAUAUGGUUAAAGCAGAACCAGAUGUUAAAAAAUUAGAAGAUGUGCUUCAGGGUGGUGAAAUAGAAGAGGUGAUUCUUCAGACUGAAAAUGAGCUAAGUCUAGCAAGAAAAAUGUUGCAGAGGAAGCCAUGGAAGCCAUUGGAGGAAGAGCCUCCUGCCAACCAGAAAAAAUAG